AUGGAGCGCGAAAUCAGCCAACUUCUGUCUAAUCACAAGGCCGAAUUGGGCCAAAUGCGUCGAGAGUGUGCUGAACAGAUCCGCAGCGCCGAUGAACGAGCUUUUUCAGCCUACACUCAGCAGAUGGAAGAGCUGCGUGCUCAGCUGCUACAUGACAAGGAAGAGGCUUGCACUAGAGAGCGUGAGAUGGCCAGUGAAAGGUUUGCUCUUCUUCUCCCUCUUCUAUCUGUCGUAAAUUUAUUUUUCACUUAG